AUGGGAGUCAAUGGUAUUGAGUUGCUUAGGGAGCAUAUACUUCGUAAUGGGUUUAGGCUUGAAUACCAUGUGUGGAUUUGGCAUGGUGAGGAGGGAGUGUAUGAAGGGAAUUCUUGUGCAAAUGAUGUCCAUGAGCAAGAACACACAUCUGAGGAAAUGGAGUAUGAUACUGAGGACGAGAUUGAUGAUGAUGACAAUGAUCAUGUGGAUGAGAUGAUGGAUGGUGUCGAGGAUUAUCUAGGACAACAUUCUCAUGUUUUUGAGUCUUUAACAGAGGGAAAUUGGACCGAUAUUAUUUUCACUUCCCUGUUGGAACUGUUAAGUGAGAUGUUUCCCGAUGGCAAUGAACUUCCAAAGUCGACUUAUUAUGCUAGAAAGCUUCUGUGUCCCUUUGGCUUAGAGUAUAAGAAGAAACAUGCUUGUCCAAAUGACUGCGUGUUAUAUAGGAAUGAAUAUGACAAUCUCGAUGAGUGUCCACGGUGCGGGAAGUCACGUUACAAGCGUAAAGGGGCUGGAGGUUCGAAAGGACCCCCAGCUAAGCUGUUGUGGGUUUCUGUGUUUGAUGCUCAUGCUAAUGAGAUGUUCACCUUGCGUGCAAUGCUUUUCUGCACCAUUAACGAUUUCACGGCGUAUGAUAACUUAUUUGGGUAUAAGAAUAAAGGUAAGAAAGCAUGUCCGAUAUGUAUGGAUGACAUGGAAUCCACAUUCAUUCCUAAUUGCAAACAUGUCUACAUGCCCUACCGAAAGUUCUUACGACCCGACCACCCUUUUCGUAAGAAGAAGAAGGCAUUUUAUGGGUCUGUUGAAGAGGGUGUAGCUCGUAGACCAUUGACUGGUAAAGAGGUUUAUGAGCAACUAAAGGGUGUUGAAACGAUCUUUGGUAAAACAAUGAAAGAGAAGAAAGGAUUUUAA